AUGUCGUCAACCACCAUGGCGAAGAAGAACAAGGGGAAGAAAGUCGCCGAUCCCAACGAGACAUCCAAAUUACUGGCCGCCAAGAUCUCACAGUUGGAGCAAGAUGCCGUAGGCGAGAAGGAACAGGAAGCGGAGAUUGAACGGGAAGUCAAAAAGGCAACUCGUGAUCUGAACCAACUGUUGAAUACGAUCGAGUCCCCAAUGACCCGCCUCGAGGCUGUUUCCAAGAAGUACACCGAGCUAUUGGCCGAUAUGAAGAAGUUAGACCGGGACUAUUCCAAGAGCAAGAAACGCUCUGAUCAACUCCAAAAGGAUCAAGAGAAGGGAAAAUCCGAAUUGAACAAGACCGUGACUAUGAAAGACAAGCUGGAGAAGUUGUGCCGAGAGUUGACUAAAGAGAAUAAGAAAGUGAAGGAUGAAAACAAAAAACUCGAAGACACCGAGAAGAAGGCACGGCUGAUUGUAAAUGAACGACUCGACUCCCUCCUCUACGAUAUCCAGGAUGUUAUGGCUGCAAAGGGGAACCCUCGUAGUGAGAAGGUGGAUGUGGAUCUCGAUGAAGCGCUUCGUGUAAAGCUGAAGACCAUCAGUGAACAAUUCGAUACGCGCGAGCUGCACUACAAGGGUCUUAUGCGUAGCAAGGAUGCGGAAAUCCAAAGUCUGACCGCCAAGUAUGAGGACCAACGCCGAACUGCAGAGAAUGAGACUGCCCGUGGACGAGCCUUGAGUGCGCAAGUCUCUACUUUCUCUCACACGGAAGCGGAACUGCGCAGCCAGCUCAACAUUUAUGUCGAGAAGUUUAAGCAGGUCGAAGAUACUUUGAACAAUAGCAAUGAACUCUUUCUCACUUUUCGCAAAGAAAUGGAAGAGAUGUCUAAAAAAACGAAGCGAUUGGAGAAGGAAAACCACACUCUCAACCGAAAGCACGAACAGACGAAUCGCAAUAUCCUGGAAAUGGCAGAAGAGCGCACUCGAAACCAAGAAGAUCUGGAACGAUGGCGACGAAAGUGUCAACAUCUUGAGACUUUAUGCCGCCGUAUGCAGGCUCAAGGCCGUGGAGAAGGAUUAGCCGAGAGCGAUGACCACUUAGAAAACGAUGACGAAGGCACGGAGAGUGAAUACGACGACGACUAUGAAGAUGAGGAGGAUCUCAGCGAGGAAGGGGAGCUUGAUGAGCAUGAUCGUACUCUCCCUCACGCUAACGCACCUUCUGAGCGCCCUGUUUUUGGCCCACCUCCGCCACCCAGUAUUCUUGAAGCCCGCGCUUCGAAGAAUCCUGUACUGAAUGGGUGUCAUUGA